CCGACGCUGUCAGCGUUGGCCCUUCGCAAAUUCAUCCUGGUUUCAGUCCCGCUCGAUAGAAACGAUGGGUGCACUUACGGCACAGAGGAUCAACACAACUCAAAGGCUCGAGAAGCUGCGAGAGCUGAUGCGAAAGCCCGAGAACGAUGUGAACGCGUAUGUCGUUCCUAGCGAGGAUUCACACUCGAGCGAAUACAGCGCCGCUUGCGACGAGCGUCGGGCAUACAUUUCUGGGUUUACCGGAUCUGCAGGAUGUGCAGUCAUUACGGACAAGGAAGCGUUCCUCUUUACAGAUGGCCGCUACUUCUUGCAGGCGGAGAAGCAACUCGAUCAGAACUGGACGUUGAUGAAGCAGGGUCUCCCUGAUGUUCCAACUUGGCAAGAAUUCUUAAACAAGAACCUGGACUCGCACACUCGCAUUGGCAUCGACCCAGCAGUUAUCCUUGCGUCGGAUGCUGAAAGUCUGCAGACCUCACUCAAGGAGAAAGAGUCGCAACUGGUAUCGCUGACGCAGAACCUGGUGGAUCUUGUGUGGGAGGAUAGGCCACAUAGGCCAGCGAACGGAGUAUUUCCCCUUGAUGUAAAAUAUUCCGGUGAACCCCACACGGAAAAGAUCAGACGCCUGCAGGAUGAGCUGAAGAAGAAGAAAUACAAGGCCAUGAUCGUGAACAUGCUGGACGAAGUUGCUUGGCUAUACAACCUCCGCGGCUCCGACAUCGACUUCAAUCCGGUCUUCUUCGCGUACUCGGUGGUCACCCAGGAUAAAGCAGUCUUAUUCAUUAAUCCCGAUCAGGUUAAUGACAUCGUCCGUAGCCACCUUGGCGAUGGUGUCGAACUCCAGCCGUAUGACGAGUUUUUCCACUACCUAAGUGGACUCGGCGCUGCACUUGAGCUCAGCAAGCAGUCGCAAGUGUUGUUGGGGGACAAAACUAGUUUGGCUAUAGCCGAGGCAAUAGGAAACGAGAAUGUCGUUAUCGCUAGGUCGCCUGUAGCAGAUAUGAAGUCUAUCAAGAACCCUACGGAGAUCGAAGGCUUCAGACAAUCGCACAUUCGGGACGGUGUCGCUCUCGCUCGCUAUUUCGCCUGGCUGGAGGAGCAGCUAAACCAUGGUAUCGAGUUGAACGAGAGCCAAGCAGCUGAUCAACUCGAGAAAUAUAGAUCAGAGCUUGACUCGUUCAAAGGCCUUUCUUUCACGACCAUCUCAUCGACAGGACCUAAUGCUGCCAUCAUUCACUAUAUGCCAGAUCCCAGCGAUUGUGCCGUCAUCCGCAAAGACCAAGUGUACCUCUGUGAUUCCGGAGGGCAGUACCUGGAUGGCACGACCGAUGUGACACGGACAUGGCACUUUGGAAAUCCGACGGCUGAGGAAAAGCGUGCCUUCACUCGUGUGCUCCAAGGACACAUCGCUAUUCAUAUCGCGGUCUUCCCUAACGGUACAUCCGGCUACAUCAUUGACUCAUUUGCACGGAGGCCGCUAUGGGAAGAUGGACUUGACUUCCGACAUGGCACUGGUCACGGUGUCGGACACUUUUUAAAUGUCCAUGAGGGACCGCAAGGUAUUGGUGUGCGCAUUGCGUACAACAGCACGCCCUUGAAAGCCGGUAUGACCGUGUCUAAUGAACCUGGCUUCUACGCGGACGGGCGCUUCGGCAUCCGCAUAGAGAAUGUUGUUAUCGUUCGGGAGGCGGAGACCCCCAACAAUUUCGGCAACAAGGGCUUCUUAGGCUUCGAGAACCUGACUAUGUGCCCUAUUCAUAAGAACCUCGUGGACACUUCGCUUCUGACAGAUUCUGAACGGACUUGGCUGAACCGAUACCAUGCCACAGUCCUGGAUAAGGUCUCACCGCUUCUGCAGCACGAUCCUCGGGCCCUAGCGUGGCUCCAGAGGGAAUGCCUGCCUUUGUAAGCGUAGUAGUACUUUGUACAAUCUGACAGCAUCUCCC